CUGUGUGGAGAGAAGUUCAUCUAUUAGAGCCUAGUGUCCCAGGGACAGAGUCCACAGUUCUGGUGGAAGGGAGAUAAGGAUGAUGACCAGAGUAUCUGCCUCGUGGUGUGGAGAUGGCAGGAAAUAAUGAGGAAACUGAAGUUUAGAGGUUAAGUGACUUACCCAGGCUUGUGCAAUGCAGUUAAUAUCUGAGGCAGGAUUUGAGCUCAAGUUUUACUCCUUCGAUCCUCCUCAAAAUCCAAAGCUCUAAAACCCAUGAAAUUGAUUUUUAGCCCACAGAAAAUUAGGUAUCAGGAUCAAAGAGCUGGAAGGGACCUUAGAGAUAAUCAAGUCCAGUUUCCUCACUUUAGAAGAGGAGGGCCCAGAGGAAUGAAAUGAUUUGGUAAAUUUCACAUAUAUUAAUAAAACUAUGACUUGAAUCCGGCUCCUGAAAUUACAUCUGGCUAUCUGGUACACCACAGCUGGCCCUGGACAUUUUUUCACAUGUCUUCUGAGAAAGCAACGAUUACAGUUCGUCUCAUACGUUCCUUUGAGCAUCGCAAUUUCAAGCCUCUUGUUUACCAUGGAGUUAAUUUGGACCAAACUGUAAAAGAAUUUAUUGUAUUCCUAAAAAAAGAUGUCCCUUUAAGGACGGGCCUUCCACUCCCAUUCAAGCAUUAUAAAUAUGAUAAAAUGAAGAUUAUUCAUCAGGCACAUAAAUCAAAGACUAAUGAGCUUGUGUUGAGUUUAGAAGAUGAUGACAGACUCUUGUUAAAAGAAGACUGGACUAUGAAAGCAUCUGGAGUAGGAAGCAAGAGAGAGAAGAUGAUAUACAUUCAGAUCAUUGGACUGAGGGCAAGCAGGUAUCUGCUCUUCAAAUGUUCAGAAUGCAAAUUGUGUUUUUCAGAAGCCAAUGAAACUGAAAUUGCAUUCUUCUGUGAAGAAGAUUACAAGAACUACAAAGCUAAUCCUGUUUCAUCCUGGUGAAGACAUAUGGGGGCUUGGUUUUUUGCAUAUCUAUAGUAAGCUCUUUAUUUUGCUUAGUGAGGUUUUUUUUUUGUUUUGUUUUGUUUUUUACUGAUAAAUAAAUCCUAAAAGAUUAA